AUGUCUAGUUCUGCCUGGCCGAGACCUAGUGGUACUAAGCAUAUCCUCCUCCUUGCCACCGGAUGCCCUGCAGAUGCCGGUCCCACCAAGGAAAGGCUAGCUCGCGAUCUCGCUAUCCAGGCCCCCUUCAGCGUCCUGGGGGAAGAUGCGGAGGUCCACGCGCUGCAAAAUGGCUUUAAGGACUACCAUGACGCGACAAAGAUUUGGGGGCCGCAUUUCGCCAGAUUGCAGGUAUUACGGAGAUGGUAUGACCCGUGUGCAAGAUCCAAGGGGGCUAUUGGGGUGCAGAAUGACUCAGAUUGGGGGUGCUAUCCCCGUAACAUGUGGUCAUCCAUAAUCUCGAGGAGCUGA